AUGGUCAGAGUAAAGACAUCUUCAAUUCCUAUCUUGUUAUUAUUAUCAGUACUUGUGUUGUCAGUAGCACAUGGACAGCUUCUUACUCGUAGACAGCAAUUUAAUCUCUUACGACAGCAACAGCAAUUAGAUGGACAAGAAAAUGUAUCGGUCAGACAAUCAGCAAUUCAGGAUAACAAAGAGAAUACUCCAGUUAGUUUUGCAACAUUUGAGAGAAUUUUCGAUUUUAAAUUACAGGCUAUCCGUACUGUGAAUGAAUUAUUACAAGCACUCUCGGCCAUUCGUGCACGUCUCAAUUCCGAUUCAAGUCAGUUGGCUUCAUUGAGCAUUUCUGAUCAAUAGCAUGAGUUACAGCAGAUAUAUCUAAAACUAUUUCAUUUUAUUCUCG